AUGCCUCUCGAGACGACACUCGACGUCGUCCAUGCGACGUCGGCGUCGUCGCACGGGGAAGCGCGUGCUUCCUCGCGUCCUGGGCCGAAGGCUCCACGGGGACGAUGGCGGAUUGCCGUUGGUCUUUGGCGCGUCAUUGCCGCGGUGCCUCACGCGGUCUUGGCGGUGCUUCAGCGGGUGCGCGGGGGAAUGGCGAGCGGGAAGGCUCGGCGCGCAUUGACGAGGCGUGUGAUGCGGCAGAUGGUGGUGGUGCACGAGGAGGAGACGGAGGUGGUGCUGGAAGCAUUCUGCUCCUUCUUCUUCGUACGCCCGCCUCCCUCCCAUUCCUCCUCGCGCUGCGUGCACCGCCCCUACUCGCGCCCCGUUGACGGCGCCGGGUUCCUCGUUUCUGAUCGCCGCCUGCUAGCGGCAUACUUCGUGUGCCAGCCGCUGCGCGACGAGGCGGCCAUGAGUCUGGGCACGGGCGCGCUGCCAGGGCUCUUCCUCGCCUCGCUCGCCUCCACCGUCGCCGCUGCUCCGCUGUCGUCCGCACUACUCUCGCGCACGGACAUCAGCAAGGGGCAGGCCCUGCUGCUGCUGUACCGUUUCUUCUCGCUCUGCCUCCUCGGCUUCUUCUUCCUCUACCUCCUCGUGCCACCACCUGCCACUCUCCCUGCUCUGCCCACGCUACCCGACGAGCUGGUGGGGGAGGGAGGGCACGCAGUGCAGGCGGCAGUGUACCCCGAUGCUGCUGGCCAGCUCGCUGUCUUCGCUGACGUGUCUCUGCCCUUCCUCGCUGUCCGAGCCGGCCUCUUCCUCUUCGUGAGCCUCAUCCCCCACUCGCAGACUGCGUCCUCGUCUCUCCCCUUUCCUUCCUCAUCCCGCUCACAGGUGGCGCUGCUGAAUCUGUUCGCCAUAGCUGCCAUGUGGGCUCGCCUUGCCGAUGUCAUGACCACCGUCUGUCCCGACGCUGCUCCCCCUGAUCCAUCGGGCCACCGUGCCGUGCCAGUCAAGUCCAUCAUCACCCCCCGGCUUACCACCUUUUCACCGCUUCUUUCCUCCUGCUCCAACCACUGCUCGCGGUGUGUGCAGGCGGGGGCGCGUUUGUUCGGGUUCAUAGGCGCGGGUGCCACGUUCGGCCAGCUCGCAGGCUCGCUGCUCGCCUCCUCGCUCGCUGCUCUGGGGCCCUACCUGCUCAUCCUGUCAGCCGUGCUCAUGGAGGUGGCAGCGCGCUGCUCCACACUCAUAGACGACGGCUCCACGCUGCCCCACGGCAUGCACUCACACCCGACCGACUCUCCUGCGUGUACGCAUGGGGACAUGCCGGAGGAGGGGCACGGGCACGGAUGGUGCUCCCAUGCGCGCCCACGCAAGGGCAAGGGCGUGCCCUUGCUGAACCACACUGCCGUCGCCGUUGCUGCUCCUUCACCUCUCCGCCCGUCCGCCACCGCCCCCCUGUUCCUAUCCUCCUCCUCUUCCUCUGGGGCCCACUCUGCUUCUGGCUGCUCCUACUGCUCGCACCAACCUCUGUACCCCCCCACAGCCAUCGCUGCUGCGCCCUCCCCCUCUCCUCCCCUCCUUACUCCCGCAGCAGACACACCUUCCCAACCGCUCCUCACCCCUCCAGUCCCUACAAAAGCUGAUUUCUUCCCCUCCCCCUUCCUCCCCCUCCCCCCUCCGGCCCAACCCUCUCCGGUUCCCCCUUCCGCGCCCUGUCUGCUGCAUGCGCGCAUGGGAGAAAAUGAAGGGACAGAGAAGGGCGGAGGGGGCGGACUAGGGGCAUGUCGGUUGCAUGAGAGGGGGAUGGUGGGUGGAGGAGAGGAGGGGACGAAAGGUGGGGAAGCAAUGUGUAUUCGCCUUGGCUGUGUCUCUCAGGAUCAAGAGGCACCGUUUGAGUUCACGCAAAUGCUCCCUCACGCAGCCGGAGAGGAAAAGGCUGUAGAAUUCGGGGGGCCGAGGGUGAAGGGAGGAGGUGGGGGAGAGGGAAGGGAAGAAGAAGUGGCGUUGCAAGGCUCCAUACGGCGCCCAGAGGAGCAGUUGAAAGCGGGUGAUGGAUGGAGACGGGGAGGAGGGGUUGGGGAGGGAGGGAGUGGGGGGAGAGACGAUAGGGGGAGCCAGGAGGACGAUUGUGCAGGGGAGAGAAGGGCGGGUGCAGUGCUGCGGUCUGCUGUGUCCUGGCCCCAGAGCCUGGCAGAAGCUGCUGCCGCCGAGGGGCGAGGGGAGGAGGGAGCGUGUGCACGGAAUGGCGGGAAGGGGCAGAGGCGAGGAGGACGAGGAGUGGGGAAUACAGUGGGCAGAGAGUUUGAGUUGGAAAGAGCUGCGGAUAGCGUUGCAAGGUCUUCUGGGCUGGCUGAAGACAGAGGCAGGGAUGCAGCAGUGACGAUUGCAAGAGGAAAUGAUAGAGGUGCAGUGACAGGGGGAGCAGCAGGGGCAAUGAAAAUUGAGAGAGGGGAACUGGUUUGGAGGAGGCGGGGUGAACGAUUGGGUGGGCUGGGUACAGGGGAGGAGGAUGGGGUGGGGGAAAUGCUUGGUAGAGGGGAGAGUGGCAGUGGUCUGUCCAAUGUUGCUGUUUUUCGAAGCACAAGUGGUGGUGCGGCUGUGCCCAUUACAUUGGAUGCAGGAGUAUCUAUUGGGCUUGCAGUGCAACAGAAGCACCUGAAAGGCCUCCUGAAAGGGCACCUGGGAGGAGACACGGGGGUGCAGGCAGGAGGGCAAGCAGCACGAGAAGGGUACGGACUACUCAUGCACUCUAUGUCCACGCAGCAAGAGCAUGUGGACCGUGGUCAAGGCAGUGGCAAACGCUCCUCUCUGGCAGAGGGAGCAGUGGGAGCAGCAGCAACAGCAGCAGCAGCAGCAGCAGAGGCAGAAGCAGCCUUGGAUAUGGGCAAUUCCCCUAGCAAGCUGAAGCCGAGACCGCUGUGGCAGUGGCAGUGGGUGCGCUUGCAGGCUCUGUGGCAAGGGACAGGGAAACAGGAAAGAGCAGAGCAGGGUGGGCGAGGGGCAUGUGGAGGAGCAGCAGAUCGGGACUUGCGGCUGGCAGGAAAUGAGGGCCGUGGAGGUGGCGAGGAGAGUCGGCCAUUGCGGGCGUGCCACUCACUGCCGUGCAGAACAGCAGGUGGGGCAGAGGUGCAGAGAGGCGCAGGGGGGUGUGUGCAGGGAGGAGGGGGAAAGGGAAUGGGGGAUGCAGCUGUGUGCCACAGGUGCAUGGGUGCUGUGAGAGGGCAGAUGGGGGAGGCGAGAGGCGCAGGGGAAGCAGUGUUGCAGGAGGAAGGGAGAGGAGAAGCGUGUGAGGCGAUGGCACAAGGGUGGGCGGUACUUGCCGAGGGGCCAGGCAAGAAUGGCUUAUCCAGUGAUGGCUUGUCGGGCCUCCUGUGUGCACACUGUCAUUCCCAAGAACCCCCAGUAGCACCAGUACCAGCAGCGGCAGCAGCACUAGCACAGCGACAUGUUGAUUGGUGCGGGGCGGAUAGCAAUGGGCAGAGCAGUGCAGGGAAUGGUGGCGAUAUGGCUGAGCGGUGGUACCGUGUGGGAGGAGAGCGCGGACCAGGGGCAGCAAUGCCUGCAAGCCAUGGUGGCCUUGGAUGCAGGGGCAGCAGCGCGGGCAGGGCGAGCAGCAGGGGCACACGGCAGAGUGGGGGGUUGAGGGAGGUGGUGGCAGGAGUGAGGCUGGUGCUGUCAUCAUCGUACCUGCUGCAUGUGUGCGCCUUCCUCAUGCUCACGGCUGUCGUCUCCUCCUUCUUCUACUUCGAGAGGUCGUCAGUGGUGGCGACAUCGGUGGUGGAUCCAGUGCAGCGGCGCAAGGCCAUAGCCAACAUCAACUCGCUCUCUGCUGUCGCCACAGUCGUCUUCCAGCUCACUCUCACGGGUCGCCUGCUGACAACGUUUGGGGUGGCAGCAGCGCUGGCAGCAUCGCCAGUGGCAGCACUGAUAGGCAUGGCGGCCAUUGCAUGGCAUCCCACACCCCUUGUAGUCGCUGGCUCUGAAGCCCUGCGCAAGGUGGUGACAUAUGUGUUGACACGGCCCAGUCGGGAGAUUCUGUUCACCGUGGUGACACGCGAGGAGAAGUACAAGGCCAAGGUCACAAUAGACACGGUGGUGCAGCGCCUGGGCGAUGCAGCAGCAGCGGGCUUCUUUCGCCUGCUGGGAGGGGUGUUCCUCCUGGGGCCCUCUGGCGUUGCCACCUACACUGUGCCGGUAACUGCCCCUCGCCACCUCACUCACUCUCCCCUCCCUCCUGCUCCCCCUCUCCCUCUCGCCCAUCCCACCUCCAUACCCGGAGCCUGA